UGUGAUUGGAGGGAAACCCCGUGGCUGAGCGGGAGCGAUCAUCAGCUGUGCGGCGGGGAACCAGGAGCGACAGCUUUACACCACACUCGCAGCUCACGCAGAAGCCAUGGCAGACAAGGAGGAGCUCGUACAGAAGGCCAAACUGGCCGAGCAGGCGGAACGCUACGAUGACAUGGCUGCUGCCAUGAAGGCCGUCACCGAGGAGGGCUCGGAGCUCAACAACGAGGAGCGCAACCUGCUCUCUGUGGCCUACAAGAACGUGGUGGGGGCCCGGAGGUCCUCGUGGAGGGUGGUGUCCAGCAUGGAGCAGAAGUCUGAUGAUGCUUCAAAGACCGCGCUGGCCAAGGAGUAUAGAGGAAAGAUCGAGAAGGAGCUGAACGACAUCUGCAAGGAAGUCCUGGACCUACUGGACAAACAUCUGAUCCCCAAAGCUACGCCUGCUGACAGCAAGGUCUUCUACCUGAAGAUGAAAGGAGAUUAUUUCCGCUACCUGGCCGAGGUGGCCGCCGGAGAGGACAAAGAGGCCAUCAUCAAUAACUCGCAAGAAGCCUACCAGAAGGCGUUGGACAUCAGCACCAAAGAAAUGCCGCCCACACAUCCAAUCCGUCUCGGCCUCGCUCUCAACUUCUCUGUCUUCUACUACGAGAUCGUCAACUCGCCUGAAAAGGCGUGCCAGCUGGCCAAAUCGGCCUUUGAUGAUGCCAUUUCCAUGCUGGACUCUCUCAACAACGACUCUUAUAAAGACAGUACUUUGAUCAUGCAGCUGCUCCGUGACAACCUGACACUGUGGAUGUCGGAUGCCCAGGGAGAAGGCGAGGGAGAAGGCGAGGGAGAGGCAGAGGGCGAGGCCCAAGCAGAGGCCCCAGCAGAGGAGACGGAGCCGGCGGCCGAGAAGAACUGAACUCCAGACAGGGGGAAAACAAAAAACAAAACGGAACACAUUUUUUACCUCUCACCAGCCUAAGUUUUGUGUGUGUGUGCGCAUGUGUGUAUGUAUGUGUGUGUGUGCGCAUGUGUGUAUGUAUGUGUGUGCGCGUGUGCGUGUGUGCAUACAUGCACAGAUAUGUAUGUUUACACUUCAGUGUGUGUGUGUGUGUGCGUGUGUGGUAAUUGUAUGAGCACCUACACAGAGAAAAUAAUGGAAUCGGUUUUUCUUUUAAAACUCAUUUGAACCAGUAGAUGUUAAUUUUUUUCUUUAGAUGAGACUCCUCGUUCUGAAUCUGUCCCAUAUGUUAUUACCUAACAUACGUAACAUCGUUCACUGUAUCAAAGCUCUGAGAAUUUGUAUGUUUUUACUUGAACUGAACUUUUACAACCUUUGUGAAACUUUGGUCCUCAAUGCUCUUGAUGCCAUUGAUGGGGGGAAAAAAUAGAAGAAAAAAAAUAGUCACAGAAGUCUAAUUUAAUCAAAUCUGACAAAUUCAACAUAAAGUUGUGAUCAUAUAUAGUUAGCAAUCAUGACUUAUGAGCAUAGUCCUUCCAUCCAUCAUUCUUCCACUCUGUGUCCAGCAGCAGUUUUUUGUUGGUUCCUUUUUUAGACGUGGAUGAUGCAUGCGUCCUGAUUCGAUGGGUUCAAUGUGCAUUCAGAUGUAGGAAAGGUUUUCUGUAUGAAUGACCACUUGAACUUUGGUUGACUUGUUGAGAGGAUUAUAUUCCACAGUGAAAUGCGUUAAUUAUAAUUUCCUGCAGUUCUGCAUUCCACAUGACAAGGUACAGACAGCCUGAGAUAACAUAAACAACUUGAUAAAAAUGGCUUGAUACUGUAACUUUUUGAUAUUUUAUCUUUUCAGCAGUGUGGAGGAUACAUUUGCAAUGUGCUUUUGUGGCUUUCUACUCUUUUUCUAUUCAGGUUUUUCUUUUUCUUUUUUUUUUAUUAUAUAUUUGUGCGUGUUUUAUUCCCUCUGACUCUUGAUUUGACUCCUGGAAUGUAUGUGGUUCUUGGUAGUAUGGUGUGAAGGGUUAGGCAUGUGUUGAAACUGGCAGUUCUUGCUUAGGAUUUAACUUUAGCCCAGUCAUUUACGGUGACGUUUACCUUUUUUGAAAGUACAUUGUGAAACAACAAACUUAAACCAUGAUAAGUGUACACUUAUUUCCUAAAUAUCUUGGUAGAAUGCUGAAUUAAAGCCAUUUAGUAGUCACAAAGUAGUGCCAGUUUCUUCUACUUACAGUGGUUUUAAACUAUGGGAUGCAGGUCUCAGAAUUUGCAAGUUACACUCAAGUACGUUAUUUGGUUAUGUGGUUUCAUGUAAGUGGAAUUAAAAUAUUCAAAUUGA